AUGGCACCUUCCGAGAGUAAAGGUGCUCGUUUUUCGCCCGACGAUGUGACAGUGGUGUUUGUUUUGGGAGGCCCUGGAGCCGGCAAGGGCACGCAGUCCGAAAACCUGGUGCGGGACUAUGGUUUCAACCAUUUAUCUGCCGGCGAUCUCCUUCGCGCAGAACAAGUCCGCGAGGGAAGCGAAUAUGGAGAACUGAUCCGGCAUCAUAUUCGAGAGGGCACAAUCGUGCCAAUGGAAGUCACCGUGGCCUUGCUGUCCAAUGCCAUGGCUGACAUCCUGGACAAGGGAACCUCAAAAUCGAGCCCCGCUCGGUUCUUGAUUGAUGGAUUUCCUCGCCAGCUCAACCAGGCUCAUUUCUUUGAAGAAACCGUAUGCCCGUCCAAAUUCGUCCUUUUCCUCAGCUGUCCCGAAGAAGUGAUGCGUUCGCGCCUCAUCAAGCGCGGCGAGACGAGUGGCCGGGACGACGACAACAUCGAGUCAAUUCGCAAGCGAUUCCGCACAUUUAUCGAAACAAGCAUGCCUGUUGUGGACGAUUUUGAAAGUAAGGGCAAAGUCAUCAAGGUCGAAGCCACAGGAACGGUCGAUGAAGUCUACGAACGCAUCAAGGAAGAAUUCCAGAAGAAGGGUGUCUCAACUUUGUAA